CCGCUCCGAGAAAUGGCAGAAACCGCUCCAGCUGCUGCCGCUCCGCCGGCCAAAGCGCCCAAGAAGGCCGCCGCCAAAGCCAAGAAAGCAGGUCCAGGCGUCGGUGAGCUGAUCGUCAAAGCCGUGUCCGCGUCCAAGGAGAGGAGCGGCGUGUCCCUCGCCGCGCUGAAGAAAGCUCUCGCCGCCGGCGGCUACGACGUGGAGAAGAACAACUCCCGCGUCAAGCUCGCCAUCAAGAGCCUGGUGACUAAAGGCACCCUGCUGCAGGUCAAAGGGACCGGCGCCUCCGGCUCCUUCAAGAUCAGCAAGAAGCAAGCCGAGACCAAGAAGAAAGCGGCUCCUAAAGCCAAGAAGCCCGCGGCCAAGAAACCCGCUGCUGCCAAGAAGCCCAAGAGCGCAGCGGCGAAGAAGCCCGCCGCGAAGAAAUCGCCCAAGAAGCCCAAGAAACCCGCCGCAGCCGCCGCUAAGAAGCCGACGAAGAGCCCCAAGAAGGCGAAGAAGCCAGCGACGCCCAAGAAAGCAGCCAAGAGCCCCAAAAAGGCCAAGACUGCCAAACCCAAGACGGCGAAGCCUAAAGCUGCUAAACCUAAAGCUGCAAAGCCUAAAGCUGCUAAACCUAAAAAAGCAGCUCCCAAGAAGAAAUAAACAUCUUCUGUUUUAUUCCCCAAAGGCUCUUUUAAGAGCCACACACAGACUCUAAAGAAAGAGCAAAAUAAAGACCUGCACUUUGGCUCUUAGUGGAAGAAACAACAAAACAUUAGCUUCUCUUAUCUUUAUGAUUCUAUCUGUCUGUAUUCUUAUUAUACAA